UCAAAUCGAGUUGACGAAUGUCUUCCUUAUCAUCUCACUUUUCCUUUUCCAAACAGAUAAAGGUAAACCUCCAUUGUCGCCGGCGUACGGAGGAGAAAUGGAAACUCUCUACCCCACCAUUGAAUAUUGGCUCGUCAAUCAUCCAAUCAUCACCAAUUUCCAAUGGAACGAACCCUUCACAUUCGGUUCCUCACCUUUUUUUCUCGCUCUCACUGUCCUCACUUACCUCACUCUCACUUUCUCUUUCCACAAUUUCCCUCUUCUCCCCACACUCUCCCCCGUCUCACUCCGCCGCAUCUCCGCCGUCCACAAUCUCUUCCUAUGCCUUCUAUCCCUAAUCAUGGCCGCCGGAUGCUCCCUCUCCGCCUUCCACCAAAUGCCCCAAACUGAUUGGACUUGGGUCAUCUGCUUCCCAGCCAAUCAAACACCUCCACAUGGACCCGUUUUUUUCUGGGCUUACAUCUUUUAUUUCUCCAAGAUUGUUGAGUUUCUAGACACCCUUUUGAUCAUUCUCAGUGGACCUAGAUCUAGACGGUUGUCAUUCCUCCACGUUUACCACCAUGCGGUGGUGGUGAUCAUGUGUUAUUUAUGGCUUUCUUCCUCCCAAACACUGUUUCCGGUGGCGCUUGUUACCAAUGCUUCGGUUCAUGUGCUAAUGUACGCUUAUUACUUUCUGUGUACCUUGGGAUUUCGUCCAUGGUGGAAGAGAUGGGUUACGAAUUGUCAGAUUAUCCAAUUCGUUUUCAGUUUCCUGAUUUCGGGUUUGAUGCUGUACUAUCACUUUACCGGGUCGGGUUGCUCCGGAAUCCAUGGAUGGUGCUUCAAUGCAGUUUUCAAUGCUUCCCUUUUGGCACUCUUCCUUGAUUUUCAUUCCAAGAAUUACGCAAAGAAGAGGAAAGAUGUUAACAAGAAUAAGCUUCCGUGAUUGCCCGGUGCACUAAUCUCCCAUUAUUAGCUUUAACAUUUUAAUCACAAUCUAUCUAUAAGCUAUUAGUUUACAUUAUUUUGUUGAAUGAAUGGAAAUUGCUUGGGCAAUAUUACCCCUUUUUGUUUGCUGCAAACAUACUAUAUUUCUUGC